AUGGAUGCUUUAGCAUGUGAUGGUACAGAGCAUGAUAUAUCGGACUGUAAAUUUAGAGGAUGGGGAUCAAGCAGCUGUAAUCAUAGAAAGGACGUCGUUGUGCAGUGCCAAACCAGAGUUCGAUUAGUAGAUGGACCAACCCCGUCUAGAGGAAGAGUUGAAGUAAUGUACCGCGGUGAAUGGGGAACAAUUUGUGAUGACUCGUUUGGACAAGAAGAAGCCGCUGUUGUUUGUCGUAUGUUAGGAUAUCAUAACUCAUCUCCUACUGUAUACUCACAAGCCCAUUUUGGGCAGCGUUCUGGUCCAAUUUGGUUAGAUGCUGUACGAUGUUCUGGGAAAGAAAGUGAUCUUGGAUCCUGUUCCUACAAAGGAUGGGGCAAACAUGAUUGUAGUCACUCAGAGGACGCCGGUGUUGACUGUGGUAAUAUGAUAUAG